AUGGCGUUGUGCUCACAAGCGUUUGCGGCUCCACUGAAGCGUGGAUGUUGCAACUUGGACAACGACUCAAAUAGUAAACGGUUAUGCUUGGGAAUCAACAAAUCGAUUACAGACGACCAGAGCUCUUCUGAUUUUGAUUCGGAUGAUGAACAAGCCUGUUAUCAGGCAGAUCAAAUCCGGGCAAAGAAGAGAGCUUCUAAUAGAGUGUCGUUUACCUUCAAUAAUAUCAGUAACUCGAUCUUAUCGAGAGCUGUGUCCCAGUAUAGUGAUGACGAUGAGAAUGAUACGGAGGAGUAUCAUCGUCGUAGUUGCGAUAGUCCUACUGGUAGUACCCUGGCUAUUGGCAAGGUGGCACGCAGUGCUAGUUUUGUUAGUACCAGUGCUGCCAUGGGAAGCGAUCCUCAUGCUGACUGCAGAUUGUCUGCCGGUACCAAUUCGAUCUAUCCUUCAGUUUUGUUUUCAGACGACGUUUCUUCAAACAAGAAGGAAAUACCCGAUUCCGACAAACAAUGCAGAGCUAGAUGUUUCGACUAUUUGGUCGGUGCUAUCGAUGAGGCAUGGGCUCGUUAUUGCGACGCUACCACCAGCGUUGAAGACGAAGUUUACGGGUACUCUUCUGGAGUUGGCAGAUGCCCUGCCGAUACCAAUACUCCUGCAUCAGUAGCUACGGACGAAGAGGACUACUUUGCAAACGCAACCGAUUUUACUGAUUACGAUGAUAGCGAUUUUGAUAUCAAUCACAAAGGCGCUCAAGUUUCGAGACGUCCCCUGUUAAUGCCCGUACAACAAGUUCAGGGCAACAAUGGUCCUUCGUACUCAGCCAAGGAUCCUUCAAGUUGUCAAUUGCAAGCAUUGAAGGACCGGUUAACCAAGGCUAAGUACUAUUUACAAGAUCUCACUGAUUCCGAUAUAUUCCAAGAUGUGAUUGCAUUUUGGAAGCGGUGGGAUAUGAUCAAGUACGCCACUAUUGAACUUGUGGAAGAUGAUGAUGAUGACGAAGUGGUGGAAUCCACGAUCGAAGAGUUGGAGCGUGGCCGUAUGUUUGUUCAUUAG